UAGGGUUUUGAGGAGGGAAGAGCGCGCAGCAUGAGGUAGUUUUGCACAACGCCUGCCCGAGGAGGAGCUAUGGCGGAUGCCGACGCUGCCGCUCUUCCACGGAAGCGAGGAAGGCCGCGCAAGAAUCCCCCGACUCAGCUCACUGCCGCGCAGCUCAACUCCAGGGCAGGAUCCCUCUUUAUCGGUGAGAAGAGCCUCAAUGGCGAUGUUCCAGUCCAGGUUUUAGAUUCUGGUUUGGCCGAGGAAGAUGUCGACAUGGUUGAGAUCCAGGCUCCGGCAGAGUCUCCGCCGCCAGCUCGCCGCCGGGGCAGGCCCAAGAAGAAUGCGACCCCGGUCGCCAUUCCACUGGAAAGUGGGAGUGACUGCGGUGGAUUCCCCGAGAGGAAAGCUGCGAGGCACUUGUCCCCGUCCGAGAUGCUGGAGGCUUUGCCCACCCCCGGUGAGCCCUUGAGGCGCGAAGAACACAUCGUCGAGGAUGCCAAGGACGCGCCUUUCAUGGACAAUGUGGUGAAAGUUUUCUGCGUCCACACCGAGCCCAACUUCUCGCUGCCUUGGCAGCGCAAGCGGCAGUUUAGCACCAGCAGCAGCGGUUUUGUGAUCGAAGGGAAAAGGCUGCUCACGAAUGCUCACUCGGUGGAGCAUCACACACAGGUGAAGAUCAAGAAGCGAGGCUCGGACACCAAGUAUCUGGCCAACGUUCUUGCCAUUGGAACCGAGUGUGACAUUGCGAUGCUGUCUGUAAAUGACGAUGAGUUUUGGGAGGGUAUCACACCCGUGACAUUUGGAAGCUUACCGAGGCUCCAGGAUGCUGUGACCGUCGUUGGCUAUCCGAUAGGAGGUGACACUAUAUCUGUUACCAGUGGUGUGGUUUCUAGGAUCGAAGUUACGUCUUACGUGCAUGGAGCAACGGAGCUUAUAGGAGUUCAGAUCGACGCAGCCAUUAAUUCCGGGAACUCGGGUGGACCUGCCUUCAAUCAUCGAGGGGAGUGUGUUGGAAUAGCGUUCCAGUCAUUGAGGCACGAAGAUGUGGAGAACAUUGGCUAUGUGAUUCCGACACCGGUCAUCGAGCAUUUCAUCAACGAUUACAAGCGCUCGGGUGACUACACUGGGUUUCCCAUUCUUGGCGUGGAAUGGCAGAAGAUGGAAAAUCCGGAUUUGCGGAAGGCAGUCGGGAUGGCACCGAAUCAGAAAGGUGUUCGCAUAAGAAGGGUCGAGCCGACCGCUCCAGCUGCUCAAUAUCUUCGGCACUCAGACAUCCUCUUGAGCUUCGAUGAUGUGGCUAUUGCGAACGAUGGUACCGUACCAUUUCGUCUCGGGGAACGCAUAAGUUUCAGCUACCUCGUGUCUCAGAAGUACACUGGAGAAUCGGCAAAAGUGAAAAUUUUGCGCGAUGGAAGUGUUAACGAGUACAAUUUGGAGCUGAGGUAUCACAAGCGCUUGGUCCCGGCACAUAUAAAAGGUAUACCCCCUUCGUAUUACAUUGUGGCGGGUGUCGUGUUUGCGGCGAUCACUGUGCCAUAUCUUCGUUCCGAGUAUGGCAAGGACUAUGACUAUGACGCCCCGGUGAAGCUGCUGAACAAGCUUUUGCAUUCGAUGGCCAAAACUGAAGACGAGCAGCUAGUGGUGGUGUCUCAGGUGCUAGUGGCAGACGUGAACAUUGGAUACGAGGACAUUGUCAACACACAGGUACUGGCAUUCAACGGCACGAGUGUCACGAACUUGAAGCAUCUAGCAAAUAUGGUGGAGAGCUGCAAAGACGAGUUUCUCAAAUUUGAUCUCGACCAUCAACAGGUUCUUGUUCUGGAAACUCAAAGAGCAAAGGCUGCGACACCAGCUAUUCUGGCCACUCACUGCAUACCUUCGCCGAUGUCUAGUGACUUGAAAACUACUGUCUCGUAAGAAGCGCCCACUGUUUUUAAAUCGGAUGUUAUUUUUCUAGGUUAUCAAUCACAAACAACUAUGAAAUAUCUAUAAUACUAAAACUCCACUGGUGGGUCUGGCACGGCUUAA